UGUUUUUCUUGUGAGGCACACACAUUUUCCCAGGCACUUUGCAGGGCAGAAUGCUGGGUAUGUAAGAAGCCUAAAGUACUCAUUGGUAAAGUUGACAGCUAAAGACACCUGAGUGUGACACAGUCACUUUCUCAGACUCCCAAAACCACCCUGUCAUCGGACAAGAUCAGGUCAGGAAACCUAUAACAAGGACAGCACAAGAGGAGCUUAAAGGCUUCUAUUCUUUGUUUGAUUGUUGGGGGAAGCGCGCACGCUGUCCCCCGCUAUCAUAAAUUUCGCACAAGUCACUUUAGUAACCACAGAUGUCAACCCAACCGAAGUGCUAUGGUCGGGCCUCCAUCUGGGAGAACCACCUUUAUGAUCGUGGUAUCUCCUGUGACAGGUCAUUGGUGAGAACGUCUACACGUUGAGAGAUGUCGUGACUGAAAUUCGUGACAAGGCAACCAGGCAAAGACUUCAGGUUUUACCAUAUCAGCCCAAGUUCAGGGAACCUUCUUCUGAAGCGAUUAAGUUUGUUAGUGAAUUUGCAAAGAAAACUGGCGACUACCGUAGUCUUUCUGCAACUGACAUUCGCGUUAUUGCCCUCACCUAUAUGCUGGAGAAAGAGUUUGUAGGAGACAAUCACAUCAAGACAGUUCCUGAGAGAAAGGCUGUUUGGACGGAAACAAAGAAGACACUUGACAAAGCCACUGAUGUGGCAGGAUUCUAUCUUGGGCCAAAAAAGGUUGACCAGCAGCGCUCAAGGAAUACCACAGAGUGUAGUAACGAGGGCAAGGACUUAAAACCAAGCCGGGAGACGGAUGCUUGUGAUGCAGAGUGUGCAGACAAAACAGGGACUGUUCCAAUUUCUGAAAAUUCAAAAAAUGAAAAUAUUGAUCGUGAAAAUACAGGCGUUCUAAAUGAUGGAAUUGAAGGAAAUAAAGACACAGACAAUUCUCUUGAGAAGAGAGUUGAAGUUGAAUCAGAAGAUUUGAGAUCAGGUGCUGAGGGUCGGACUGAUACAGAUAAAGAUUUAGAAUCUGAGAGAUCAGAUUUGGAUGUUGAGACGAGAUUGGGUGAUGGAGAUGUAGUCCCUGAUGAUGAACUGUUAGAGGAAACUGACUCUGAAUCUGAAGAGGAGGAUGAUGAUGAUGAUGAUGAUGAUGAUGAUGGAUGGAUUACACCGCAAAAUAUUGCCAGCGUCAAAAAGACGAUGAAGAACACGAAUGAGGAAGAGAGCAAGGUUACAGUUGGAUGUUUGACGAUGGAUUUUGCUAUGCAGAAUGUUCUGCUGCAGCUGGGUCUAAAUGUGAUCUCAGUUGAUGGGAUGCUGAUCAAAAGGACCAAGAGUUAUGUCUUGAGAUGUUAUGCUUGCAAUAAGAUAGCCACUCGUAUGACACUACAGUUCUGCCCAAGCUGUGGUAACAAGACGUUAAGGAAGGUGGCGAUGACAGUGGGGGCUGAUGGCUCUAUCCAGUAUUUCAUGUCAAAGAGAAGAGCACCUACAACUAGAGGAAUGAAUCAAUCUAUACCGGCACCGCAGGGAGGGAAACAUAGCCAGAAUCCCAUUCUAUUCGCAGACCAGCCCCUUCCUCAGCAGAAACCCCCAAAGAAAGCACUCGGUGCGACAGACGUCUUUGAUCCAGAUUAUGAUGCAAAAACAUCACCGUUUGCUCUCAAUGAUGUGACGAGUCGUGCUGCACAGUUAGGAAUUAAACAAAGAGGGCGCCAGGGACAGGGGAAUAAGAAACGACAUGGGAAAAGACGCUGAGGUGUUUGUUAAUCAUGGUCCAGUGGAACUUCCUCUGCCAGACAUCAGCAUUUCUUGUUAGCAGGCCACCCUUUCAGUAAAGCUCUGGGAGUUUGGUUUUUGUCCAAAAGUAGUUCCAUUCAAUUUGGACUUUCUAUAGGACUGUAUUUGCCACUCGAAAGCCAAAGGGCAGUUCUCCUGUGUUGCAUCCAAAGACAAGCGCCAGGGGUUAUUUCAUUCUUGAUUUAUCAAUAAACGUUAUCAAAAUA